AUGGCAAGCCUUUCGCGCCUCGAGUACCGCGGCUACGACUCGGCAGGUCUCGCCGUCGAUGGCGACAAGAGGGACGAGGUCUUCGCCUUCAAGGAGGUUGGCAAGGUCGCCAAGCUGAAGGAGCUCAUCGACGAGCAGAAGCCCGACCUGACCAAGGUCUUCGACUCGCACGCCGGCAUUGCACACACCAGAUGGGCCACCCACGGUAUUCCCUCGCGCGUCAACUGCCACCCCCACAGGUCUGACCCCACCUGGGAGUUCUCCGUUGUCCACAACGGUAUCAUCACCAACUACAAGGAGCUGAAGGCCCUGCUGGAGACCAAGGGCUUCAAGUUUGAGACGGAGACGGACACCGAGGCCAUCGCCAAGCUGGCCAAGUACAUCUACGACAGCCACCCGGACAUUGACUUCCCCGUCCUGGCCAAGGCCAUCAUCAAGGAGCUGCAGGGUGCCUUCGGUCUGCUGCUGAAGUCGGUGCACUACCCUCAUGAGGUCAUCGCGGCCCGCAAGGGUUCGCCCCUUGUCAUUGGUGUCAAGACGCAGAAGAAGAUGAAGGUCGACUUCGUCGAUGUCGAGUUCUCUGACGCCGAUGCCCUGCCGGCCGAGCUUGCUUCGCAGAACGUCGCGCUCAAGAAGGCCAACACCGGCGGCCUCCUCGCUCCUCCUGACAAGUCCCUCCUCCACCGCUCGCAGUCGCGUGCUUUCCUCUCGGACGACGGCGUCCCGAUCCCCACCGAGUUUUUCCUCUCGUCCGACCCGUCUGCCAUCGUCGAGCACACCAAGAAGGUCCUGUACCUCGAGGACGACGAUAUCGCGCACAUUCACGAGGGCUCUCUCAACAUUCACCGUGUCAACAAGGAGGAUGGCGCCUCCAAUGUCCGUGCUAUUCAGACUUUGGAGAUUGAGCUCCAGGAGAUCAUGAAGGGUCAGUUUGACCACUUCAUGCAGAAGGAGAUUUUCGAGCAGCCUGAGUCGGUUGUCAACGCCAUGCGUGGUCGUCUCGACAUCGACAACAAAAAGGUCACUCUUGGUGGUCUGCGCCAGUACAUCACCACCAUCAGGCGCUGCAGGAGGAUCAUCUUCAUCGCCUGCGGUACUUCAUACCACUCUUGCAUGGCUGUUCGUGGUAUUUUCGAGGAGCUGACCGAGAUCCCCAUCUCCGUCGAACUGGCGUCCGACUUCCUGGACCGUCAAGCCCCUGUCUUCCGCGACGAUACCUGCAUCUUCGUUUCGCAGUCUGGUGAGACUGCCGACUCUCUCAUGGCUCUCCGCUACUGCCUGGAGCGCGGUGCCCUGACCGUUGGUAUCGUCAACGUUGUCGGUUCGUCCAUCUCUCUCCUCACCCACUGUGGUGUCCACAUCAACGCAGGCCCCGAAAUUGGUGUUGCGUCCACGAAGGCCUACACUUCCCAGUUCGUCUGCAUGGUCAUGUUUGCCCUUUCUCUCAGCGAGGACCGUUACUCCAAGCAGCAGAGGAGGCACGAGAUUAUGGAGGCUCUGGGCAAGGUCUCGGAGCAGUUCAAGGAGAUUCUCAAGCUCGACCAGAACAUCAAGGAGCUUUGCCAGAAGUUCAAGAACCAAAAGAGCUUGCUUCUUCUUGGCCGUGGCGCCCAGCACGCCACCGCUCUGGAGGGCGCCCUCAAGAUCAAGGAGAUUUCGUACCUCCACUGCGAGGCUGUCAUGUCCGGUGAGCUGAAGCACGGUGUGCUUGCUCUUGUCGAUGAGAACCUCCCAAUCGUCAUGAUCCUUACCCGCGAUGACAUCUUCCCCAAGUCGCUUAACGCGUACCAGCAGGUCAUUGCCCGUAGCGGUCGUCCCAUCAUCAUCUGCAACAAGGACGAUGAGGAGUUCCCUGCGGACAAGACCGAGAAGAUCGAGGUUCCCCGGACCGUCGACGUCCUCCAGGGUCUGCUGAACGUCAUCCCUCUGCAGCUGAUGGCCUACUGGCUGGCCGUCGGUGAGGGUCUCAACGUUGACUUCCCCAGGAACCUGGCGAAGUCUGUUACCGUCGAGUAA